AUGGUGGCAUCUAAAGUUGUACCAACAGUUAACAGAUACCUGAAGAAUAUACGGUUUACUACGCCAGGAGGAGAGGAGAUACGCUUUGAUAAUGGAGACUCUCCAGCCAAGUUUGAUUUAUUAAAUGCCAUCUUUCUGCCUGACAAAAGUAUACAAAAGAAGCAAGUCGGACAUAUUUAUGGCGAUGGACAGGAUUAUCAACUUCAUGUAAACAGGAGUGCCAUUCAGUGGCCUCCAAAAUUUCUUCAGUUGAGUAUCAGGGUCAUUCAUUAUGAAGGUUAUGCAGACGAUAUCAUGGAUAUCUCCUGCUUACCUACUCCCCGCUCUGUGUGCACUGAGAGCUGCCUCCCUGGAUAUCACAAAAGUCAGGGCAGAAGUCGAAUCUCUUGCUGCCACUAUUGUGUCCGGUGUCCGGAGGGUGAAAUCUCCAACAUGACUGAUAUGGAAAUAUGUUUGAAGUGUCCUGAGAAUCAGUGGUCAAAUGACAGAAGAGACGUCUGUAUAGAAAGAACAGUUGUGUUCCUGUCUCAUGGAGAGAUAUUAGGAGCAUCUCUUAUUUCCAUCGCUCUAUUAUUCUGUUGCGUGACUGCUGUAAUUUUAGGGAUAUUUAUCAAAUACAGAGAUACAGCUGUGGUGAGAGCCAAUAACCAGAACCUCAGCUUCAUCCUCCUCCUCUCUCUCAUUUUAGCCUUCCUGUGUCCUCUGCUAUUUAUUGGACGCCCCACAGAGAUGUCUUGUCUCCUCAGACAAGUGGCUUUUGGGAACAUUUUCACAGUUGCUCUCUCUUCACUUUUGGCCAAAACAGUCACCGUUGUCCUUGCCUUCAGAGCCACCAAGCCCGACCAGAAGCUGAUGAGGUGGCUGACCAGACAUUCAUCGAGAUCGCUACUUGUCAUCUGCUCCUUUGGGGAGGCUGUGAUCUGUGCCCUCUGGCUAUGCUUAUCUCCACCAUUCCCAGAUCAUGACACCCAGGCAGAGGUUGGGAAGAUGAUAUUACAGUGUAAUGAAGGUUCUGUCGCUGCGUUCUACAUUGUGAUUGGCUACAUGGGAGGUCUGGCUGCCUUAUGCUUUAUUGUGGCCUCUUUAGCCAGGAAGCUGCCAGAUACAUUCAAUGAGGCUCAGUUCAUCACAUUCAGCAUGGCGGUCUUCUGCAGUGUCUGGGUCGCCUUCAUCCCAGCCUACCUCAGCGCCAAGGGGAAAUACACUGUGGCUUUUGAGGUAUUUGCCAUUUUGGCUUCCAGUGCUGGACUCCUGGGCUGUAUCUUCAUCCCUAAAUGUUACAUUAUUCUUAUCAGACCAGAUUUGAACACCAAGGUUAAAUUAAUCACAAGUAGAAGUUGA